AUGGUAUUUGACCAUUUAGUAGCCGACGGAUUUGUUAAGGGAUAUAGAACAUGGAUUAAUCAUGGCGAAUGGGCAAUCCCGAUGGCGAUUGACGAUGACACGGAUGAUGAAGAAGGUGCACGCGAUGACAUCGAAGGACUGCUUAAUGAUGCAUUUGGAGAUGUAUCUCAUGCUGAGGGUGUUACUGUAGGUCAAAAUGAAGAGGGUAAAAAGUUUUACAAUUUAAUAGAUGGGGCAAGUAAAGAGUUAUACCCGGAUUGCAAGAAAUUUUUUACAUUAUAUUUUACGAUCCGUCUGUACUUGUUAAAGUGUUUACACGGUUGGAGCAAUGCCUCCUUCACUUCACUUCUUGAGCUAUUGAAAGAGGCAAUGCCUGACAUUAACAUACCUUCAUCUUUCUAUAAGACAAAGGCUAUGAUAAGAGAUUUAGGUUUGGAUUAUAAAAAAAUUGAUGCUUGUCCUAAUGAUUGCCUUCUGUAUAGAAAAGAACUAAAGGAUGAAAAACAAUAUCGUGUGUGUGGAACUUCUCGAUAUACUAAAAAUUCUAGUAAUAAUAGCGAGAACCAACCUAAUAAGAAAGGUCAUCCUAUUCCUGCAAAGACUCUGAGAUACUUUCCUAUAAUUCCAAGACUUCAGAGAUUAUUUAUGUGCUCAAAGAUGGCAGCUAGUCUGAGGUGGCAUGAUGAGGAGCGCGUAAAAGAUGGGACGUUAAAGCAUCCUACUGAUGGCUUGGCAUGGAAGAACCUUGAUGAAAUGGAUGAAGAAUUUGCAAAAGAAUCUCACAAUAUUAGACUAGGCUUGUCAAGUGAUGGGUUCAACCCAUUUCGUAGCAUGAACAUUUCAUGGAGCACGUGGCCCGUGAUGCUGAUGGUAUACAACUUGCCUUCGUGGAUGUGCAUGAAACCCGAAUAUUGUAUGCUUUCUUUACUUAUUCUUGGGCCACAAUCACCUGGUAAAGACAUUGAUGUGUAUCUACAACCAUUGAUAGAAGGCUUGAAGUUGUUGUGGGAAAAAGGGGUCAAAACCUAUGAUGCGUCAAAGAAUGAAAGCUUUCAAAUGCGGGCAGCUCUUUUGUGGAAAAUCAACGAUUUUCCUACUUAUGCUAUGUUAUCUGGGUGGAGUACAAAGGGAAAGUUGGCUUGCCCUUAUUGCAACAAAAAUACCAGUAGCUUACAACUAAAACACAGUCGAAAGACAGCUUAUAUGGACUAUCGUGUCUUUUUACCCAUGGAUCAUCCAUGGAGAACCAAUACAAGGCACAAGAACCCACUACGUCACAACUUAGAUGUCAUGCACAUAGAGAAGAAUAUACUUGACAGUAAAAAUCUUCAACCAAAUGAGGUGAAUAAUGGCAAGAGAACAAAGUUGGCAAAGGCAUAUUUUUCUAUGACUGCUGUAGAGAAGUCAAUUUUUUUGAAGACAACAAAGCUACCUGAUGGCAGUGCUUCGAAUAUAUCACGCUGUGUACAUCUAGGAGAAAGAAAAGUUUUUGGGUAUAAUAAGACCCACGAUGCUCACUUUAUGCUUCACUAUUUACUACCAAUACCGAUUAAAAGCAUCCUUCCUGAUCAUGUGGCCAUUUCGUUGAUUCGACUAAGUUCCUUUUUUCGUCGCUUGUGCAAAAAGUUCAUCACACUGGAGGAGAUAGAUUUACUGGAGUUAGAGAUUGUGGAAACAUUAUGCCAGCUUGAGAGGAUCUUUCCCCCUAGUUUUUUUGACAUAAUGGUUCAUCUUCCCAUUCAUUUAGCAAAUGAGGUGAGAUUGGGAGGUCCGGUGCAGUUUCAUUGGAUUUAUCCUCCGGAAAGGUACAUGUGUACAUUAAAGUCAUAUGUUUGCAAUAGAAGUCGGCCCGAAGGUUCUAUUGCAGAGGCAUAUCUGGAUGAGGAGUGCUUAACUUUCUGCUCAAGAUACUUGCAUGGAGGUGUGCAAACAAGACUUAAUAAGCGGUCUCGGAAUGAUAAUGAUCCUAACAAAGACGAAGUUGUGCCAUCAAAGUUAUUUUCUAACAAAGGUCAUUCGUUAGGCGUGGGAAAUGGAGAACCAAUUAAUCUAGAUGACAUAUCAAUUGUUCAAGCCCAUGUGUAUGUAUUACACAAUUGUGAAGAAGUGGCAGAUUCUGUUACGUAA